CAUGUCCAAUUCACAUCUAAUCCAGGAGGUACAGGGAUCAUACCCUGAGCAGAAUGCUGAAAUCUUAUCCCUGAGAAGUAGAGAAGAACUGAAGAAUGCAGUACUGCAGUUGGUGACCUAUCACUACAAUAAUAGUGCAGCCGUCACAGAGGUUGCUGACUUGUUAUCAACCUCAGACCUAAAUGUGAAAGGGGUGUUGGAGUCAUGUGUCUCCUCCACGAGCCAGUCAGAAGCUAAUGCCUUGAGUACUUUGGAGACUUGUGUCAACUCCAUUCUGAGCUUGGUUGAAAAGCCCAGAAACUCGAGUCUCAAUGAAGAGCUCAAAGGGAAGCUGACUUGUCUGGUCAGAAUGGUUCGUGAAAUGAUAGACAGACAGACUGUCAACAGACCAAGACUACUGAACCUGUUUUGUAAUGAGAGGAUGCUGCCUAUUUUUGUUGUAUGGGUACUUCACAAAGAAGAAGUAAUGGCUUUAGAUACAUACUUAUCCUUUAAAUAUUCUUCACCAGAUUUUGUUGAGGCCUUUUCCAGUGAGUUAAUAUCAGACCUGUCUACUUGUAGUGAUGAACCAUGGUAUUUAGAAAUUUUAUCUCUGGUGAUCAGGAAUUCCCAGUCUACUCAGAGAGACAAAGAUGCCGGGAGACUUAGAAAGAUUUCCAAGCAUAUCUUGGAUUUAUUCUAUAAGAAGGCUUUAGAUGAGCUGAUGAUGAACUCUGGAACUCUAAACACUGUGGACCUGUCAGACUGCUGUUCAACAGACAUUCUAAAGAAACACUGCUUGAGUACUAUCAGCUUGUGGAUGUCGCAUCGACCUGAACUGAAGGUGGCAGAUGCCUUAAAAAGACAAAGAGAAUGGACCUACAGCAAACUGUCCUCUUCAUUAAUCCUCUGGUACAAACAGUGUCUGGUAAUGUUGGAGGCAGUGGACGUCUUGGAGCAGAUGAAGGUUGUCAUGGAAACCCAGGAAGUGAACUGGCACGCGGUUCUCUCUUUCCUGUCCACGGCUGUGGUCUGUAUGCCAGGCCUCUCCAGUCUUAUACAAGAUUAUGUUGGCGUCUUGCUGAGAGAUGGACUAGAGAGCUCUAAUCUGGAGAACCUUGUCAUUGCCUUCCUCUUCACCAGACAGUGCUGCUAUGAAGGGCCCCUGGUGUUUGAUUCCUAUCCAGACUGGUUCCAGAAAAUGUUUUCAGAGUCUCCUCAGAAUCCGGCAGGAAGCAGGAAGACUUUCAUGUGUCUCAUAAAGUUCCUCACGGAUAUGGUGCCUUUCGAGUCAUCGUCACAUUUAAAAGCCCAUAUAGUAAGACCCCCUUAUGUACCUCCAAAGUGUAGAGAGCUUUUCACAGACUACAUCAUGUUAGUGAAAACCAGACUUGCAGAUUUAAAGCAACCUUUGGAUGCAGAAUCUGAAGACAAGGACCAAGGAAGCAGGAAAAAGGUGAAUGAACAGAUAGAAGAAGAUAUCCAGAAGGCAUUAGUUGUGUUUAAGUCCACCAAAAAAAUUCCAACAUCAAUCAUGGAAGCUAGCAUAUUCAGGAAGCCUUACUAUGUGGGCAGAUUUUUACCCGUCCUCCUAAAGCCAAGGGCUCUUCCAGACAUUCCAGAUCUGAGAAUGAAGUUCAUCGAUACAUUGAAAUUAGUAGAGAAAAUUCCAUUGACUCUGUAUAACAACUACAUCACGGCUUGUAAAGCAGAAUCAUCCAGGCUUUUGGAAGGGGUAUUCCUGGAUGAGGAGGAGGAUAUGGACAUGGAAUUGACCGAGACAGAACAGUUACAGAGGAGACUGGACCAGCUUCUUAAAGCCAUACAGGAAAAUCCCAGCAACAGGAUGAUUGAACAGUGUUCAUUAGUGAGGGAGAAGUUAUUAUCUUGUCUGAACUCUGAGGACAAUAGUGAAUGUAAUCAUGCUUGUCUCCUCCUCAACAUGGAUGCUGCAGACAUCUCUAUACCAAAUAUAAAGGUUGUUGAUCAACUUCUGGAGUUUUUAGCAUCAGCUUGUCAGACAGUUAACAUCAAAACAGAUACUGUGUCAUGGCCACAAGAUUUCUUCACUGUUCUGAAAGAAGUAAAAGAGUCGCACUCUGCACUACUUAUAAGAAUUUGGAAACUUGUUAUGGAACAGGGCUUUGAGUUGGAAUGUCAUCACAUCAAAACCCUUGGCUUUCUUCUGGCAUAUCUACAUCACAUUUAUCUGGGAUCUCUUGAGGUAGAAAUAAUAACAUGCCAGAAUAGCUGCCAGACACUGCAUGGGAAGUUUGUGAAUUUAAUUUGGCAGGAGCUGCCAGUAACUACAAGCAAGUGGAGGAAGUUUUCAUUGAGAAUAAUGAUGGAAUAUGUCAGCAGUUUGUCAAGUAUGAAUGGCAUUGUCAUCAAAGAGUUCCUGCCGGACACCUUCUUAUACAAAUUUCAGUUUUUGUAUCACCACAUCAAAUAUUUUCAUCAUGGAGACCAAAGUGUUGAAGACAUCUCAAAUCUUUCGGAGGAAAUAAAAGCUUCUUUAUAUAGAGUAAAGCUUUCCUUUAGAAGCUGGGUACAUCUGGAAAUGGAAGUUACUGUCCCAGAGGAUGAAUUAUCCUAUGGAGAUUGGCAGACAUAUGUGUAUGAUACUGUCUUCAAUGUCUACCUGAUGGGUGGUUCAGUUGAACAGUCUAUGAAUAAAAGAUGUCGUAUAUUAUGUAGUGAGCUGUUUACAGAACUCCUGCUUAAUUUUCAAAGACAGGUUGUUGUUCCAGUACCAGUUUGUAACUGCAAGGAGGGAGAAAGCUUCAGACAGACAGACACACAACACCACUUCACUGCAACCCUACAGACUUUGAUUUCCUAUAUGGAGCCUGAUGAUAAGUCUGAUGCUUGGCUGGCACAAAAAAUACAGGACAUCAUGGAGGGGAGAGGUUCCAGACUAAACCAAGAGUUCUACAUACAGACAGUAGUCAGAUUGAUCUCUUGUUUACCUGCGUACUCAAUCUUUGUCAACUGUCCAUCCACUUCAGGAGCGCUGGAUCUGCCUUGUCAGAUCAUUAACAAGUACUUCUCACUUUUAUGCAGACAUGGUUAUUUGCCAACAAGUAUCACCUUAUAUAUUCUACAGGGUAUGAGCCAGUUGGCAAGCAGUGAAGAUAUUGAAACUGUUCUAAAGAAUUGUCCUCUUCUGACCUUGUCUAUUGUGGUCCAUACACAGGUCACGAAAAAUCUACUGAAAAGACUGUGUAAACGGCAUUCCUGUCCUGAAUUAGCCUAUUUAAUGAAAAUCACAGAUUGGGUAGAAAGCUGCCGGAUGAGACCUGAUACACUUCUGCCAGUUGUUAAUGUUACAGAUCCACGUAGGUGUGCUGCUCUACUUUCCCUCGUCCACGUGAGAUCAUCCUCUGUAACAGAGAUCAUAAAAGCAGAAAAAGACAGCAAGGUUCUGGAGGGAUUUGCAGUUCUCCUUGUAACUGAGCUGUCUGAUUCAAAGAAUCAGUUUUAUGGUGAAGCACAGACAGUCCUGAACUAUCUGCUCUCCUCAGCUCCAGGUUCACUCUCUUAUCUGGCUGGUGAUGGAAAGCAGGAAUGGAGGACCUUAUUACCUGAAUCUUUGUUUUGUCUUCUGCCCUACACCUUACUCAGGUUUCUUGAGAAAAGUCAGACUUCCCCCUGUCAAAGUGAAUUGACCUAUAUAUCAUCAGUGUUACUGCUGUACAGAGAUGUCCUCAGAAGUAUGGAGGGACUACCAGGAGGCAGCUGUAAACAGGACCAGAAUGAAAUCCUGAUUCAUGAUUGGACAGAGAUCUCAGAAUUUGUGAAAGGAUGUUUAAAAUCUGCAACUAAAGAUCAGCUGAGAAAUGUAUCAAAGGAGGCGUUAAAUGGAUGUGGAGCAGAUAUCAUUUUAGUGUACAAACAGGUUGUUUCAAGGUGACAAUAAAGUCUUGCCUAUACUUAA